UAUGUUCAACCAACAAUUGCGAAACUUUCAGAGGUCUUCACCCAACCGCCAAAUUGUUAAACGCGCUCCCUCCUAAAGCGUUUCCAUGAGAAAACAACCUUCAACUCCUCAAGAGGAGAUUGAUCUGACCUCCAAGCGCAUCAACUAGGUGACCUGAAGCUACGGUUUCUCCAGGUGGUUCUACUCGGGAAAAAAAAAUCUUAAAAAUUUCAAGGCCAAGAAGAAUCGCUAGAAGGCAUACCGAUUUUGCUGUAAUGGUUUAUGAAAAAUAUUUCUCAUCAUUCAUUCCAAUGCGACUGAAGGAAAAUACGGCUUGAGUAGAACACAUUACGCAGUUUUCGCACAUCCCCGAAAUUGGGGAAAAUCGACGGGCACCGGAAAAUAAACGAAGAGACGUCGGCGCAUUGACCCGGAGGUUGGCGGCGUCUGUCGCCACGCACACUGUGAUCCCGAGUUUGCAAAAACAGUUUCGUGUUAGUUAUCGGUCACACGAUAUUAGACAUUUACAAAUACGUGGAAGUGUAACGACCAUGUUAGCUAAAAGUGGGAAUACUUUAGAGAAGUAUUACAGCAAUUGGAGAUGAGAUUUUCCGUCUUGAGUUUAAUGCUGCUCUCGUAUUUCCCCCUAACGAUACCCGGUCAACUAUUACAGCCGCCUCGCAAUUUUUUUCCAGAUGAGGACGAAGAUGAACCUACAGAAAUUGAUCAAGAAAAUGAGGAAACUAAUAGUACAGAAAAAGGAAUGUACGUGGGAGCGCCUUGCGAAUUCACGUGCAACGCCAAAUUGCACCACGUGUUCUGCAACCCAGUCAGCGGGGAAUGUGAAUGCGAAAAAAAAUAUCCAGUCAAGCUCAAUCCCUUCACCGGCUGCAGCAAACCACGAGGACUGGGAGAAAUCUGUUACUACAAGGAAGCAUGCCGAUUUUCAGACCAACACUCGUCGUGCAUUCAAGUUCAUCACAACGCGAUCUGUCAGUGCGAAAAGGGCUACCACUCUGUGGCUCGGCAAAAGAAUUCGAAAAGAAUCUUCUGUGCUGAGGAUUUGGCCGCGAUGACAACGGAUUUCACCACAUUUGCUGGAGUCCUGUCCGGCAUAGCUAUUUUAACGGGUCUAAUUUGUUUCGUUUUACACUUGUUCAAUCAGAACCUAUAUGGAAGCAAUCAUCGACGAAGACAUCGUUUCGGAAACGCCAAUUUAGCACCUCCUAUCCUAUUUUCAAGUGAUGCAGAAAUGGGACUCCUUCUCGAUUUCGGUUCUUUACCAUUGCCAAUCAUCGAUAGAAGUUUGACGUCAGCAUCUCGCACUUCAAGUCGUAGGACGCUGGCAUCGAUACAAUCGCGUAGAGCUAGCAGUGCGCAGGGUUGUCGCGCAGGCAUCUCAGUCGUUUCCUCUUCCAGAACAGGUGCGGCCCGAUCUGCCGCCAUCUUGCUUCUCUCUUGCCAAUAUGAUUUCGACGCGCGCAACUACAAUUACGAGACAGAACCUGCAAUAGUACAGCUCAGGCCUACUGCGCAAGUUCGAUAUUUCGGGUCUCGAAGGCCUAGCAUCACAUCUAUCCACAGUGGUAGUUCUAUAAGAAGCUACAGUGCUCGAAGGUAUGAAAAAGAGAGACUGGAAAAGGAAGAAAGAGAGCGAGAAAGGAGAUUGGGAAGAUUCAGUGCUUCGAACUCCAGAGAUAGGGUAGCACCAAGCCCCAGCCCUCAUUCAACCGACGACCUUCUCCCAACCCUUGAGGAAGAUAAGCAGAAUGAAAAUAGUUCGUGGCCAACGGUAUACUACGUACCCCCACUAGCAAUUAGAGAAGAAUCUUCAUCCAGUUUCCAAGAAGAAACCCCUUCCACUUCGAAACAAUAUACUUAAAAAAAUCAGUAUUACGACUAUAGUUGCCUACUUAAUGAUAACGAAAUGUUAAAAAGUGAUAGUUAGGUAUGCCAGUAAAUUAAUUCAUGAUGAUGACUACGUAAUGACAACUAGGUAUUAUCGAACAUUUUGCAAAUUAUGUGUUGAAACAUAUCCAAAUGAAUUCGAAUAUAAUGAUAUUCCCUGUACCCUUUCGACAACCUACCAAUUAGAAUUUAAUAAGGUCUUUGUACUAAAUCCUAUAAUGGAUUGUUUUAGAAGCAUCCUUGAGCUGGUCAACUGAAACAAAUAUUUACAUUGAAAUUUCAUUAAAAUUAGAAAAGUACAAUGGAUAUUUUCCAGGUCAAAUUCAAAAUAAACGCUAUUAAUUUGGGAAAUCAUAUUUCCUGGAGAAAAUAUCAAUAUAUUUCUUAUAUUGACUAGCUUAUAGAAAUAAUGGAAAUCUGUUGAUGAUAUUAGGACUUGAACAUGUGGAGAAUUCCCAUAUAGGUAUAUAUUUGCUCAAUUCGAUAAAUUCUCAAAUCAUGGAAUAAUUCAUAUCAGCAUUUGACAUUGUAUAACUACUGUAUUCAUUACGCACUUUAUAAAGCACAAAAUAUAUUGCAUAAAAUUGUCGAAUGACGCGCCUAUUAUGAAAAUUGAUCGGAACCAUUUUUCAGUAUCAAGUGAUAUUUUUCUACUGAAUUUUUGAAAUAUAUAAUUGAUGAACUGAACUGUCACUAAAUAAUCAUUCCAGUUAAUAAUUAGGUGACUGCGCAUGAGGAAUGUCAUCAAAGGUCUUCCACCAAAAGAAAAUCAAUCAAGUUGUUGUGUGUUUUCCCAAACAAGGAUUCCGAAUUUAUUGCAAAAAACAGAUUUCCAUACUUUCUACGUAAGAACUUCUGCUUGAUAUAAUCUGCAAUUAUAUUGUCAACGUAGCUUGAAUUUUUGGAAACAAUUUUAUUGGAAGGUGGAUAUAAUUCAAUGCAAUUAACAUGAAUGAAGUUUGGUGUCGAAUAUAAUUUUUAUGAAUGUUAAAAUUAUUUGUGAAUUUUUAUAGAAACAAUAUUGAAGGGUAAAAUUACUGAAUGAUUAAAUAAUUUGUACCUAAUUGAAACAAUAUAUUGUACUCUAUAAUAAAUGAGCUGAGUACUGUUA